AUGAGCGGUAUGAGUUUCAACAAUAGGAACACGGGUGAUCCGCAGGGUAACGAGGCCAAAUUCGCCACGACGACUGGCGGGAAAAGUAAUCCGAAGCAAAUUCACAUUGCACACCGGAGAUCUGCGAGCGAGCUCACAAGUCUUAUGAUUGAACAAUUCACUUUGCAGAGACAGUUAGAGAUUGUUCAAGCACAACAGCAACAACUGUUGGCACAGCAACAAGAAUUGGCGCAUCAGUCUGGUCAAUUUUUGGCUCCGCAUGUAGCGGGUUCUGGAGGCGCUGGGUUUGUUCCUCAACCUCCUCGGCCCCACUACAAUAUGUCACCAUCUCCCAGUCAAUCUAAUAGAAGCAGAUCGCAUUCGAGAAACAACUCUGGAUUUUACAGCAACAAUAGCAGUGGUGGUGGUAGUAACGCCAACACCAACAAUACUGGUAACGACUCGCAAGGCGGACAUCGCAGAACUGCAUCCCAAUCAGGUGUCUACGGUCAUUCUCGCAGGCAUUCGCUUGGUCUCAAUGAAGCCAAGAAAGCUGCAGCAGAAGAACAAGCAAAGCGUGCUAGUGGGAGUGGAGUGUCCAUUCGAAUCGGUAAUGCGGAGGAGUCACAAAUUCCGUCACCGUCGAAUUCGACGCCAGGGUCGGGGUCCGGAUCUGAACAGAUGGCCUUCAAAUUCCCUGCGAGUCCCAGUUCCGGUGAAAAAUCGGCGCAAAGCUCCAAAGGUGCUAAUGUUUCGCCUAAUAAAUCAUUUCAAUUUCCUGCAAAACCUUGUAACAAAGAGAAUCAGGAUUCGGAAUUUACACUUGUGGGUACCCCACAUCGUCGUUCUAAUUCAAGAAACAAGGACAUGGGCGGGAUCAACACGAAUUGGAGAUCGCAACAGGGCCAAAACACUCCUCAUUCUCCUUACAAUAACCACCGGAAAAGUCAAUCACGUGACCACAGCUCUUUUGGCACUUUAGAACCACCACCAGUAUUUCAGCCUGGGCACAAGCCUCGUGGCUCUAACGCUUCGACUCAGAGCUUCGGCAUGGGUGGCGGCAAUGGGAAUGGACGCAAGUCGCUUUUCGCACCUUACUUGCCUCAGGCAAAUAUUCCUGAAUUGCUACAAGAGGGCCGCUUAGUAUGCGGCAUAUUGCGAGUUAACAAGAAGAAUAGAUCUGAUGCUUGGGUCUCGACUGACGGUGUACUUGACGCGGAUAUUUACAUUUGUGGGUCGAAAGACAGAAACAGAGCUCUUGAAGGUGACUUAGUAGCCGUGGAACUCUUAAUGGUUGAUGAUGUUUGGGGAUCCAAAAAGGAAAAAGAAGAAAAGAAAAGAAGAAAAGAUGCUACUAGUCAACAGGACAUUCCUUUGAACACCAACGAGGAUUAUCAUAACGACGCGUCUUCGUACGUAGCAUCUGCAACCCAUUCGGGCCUUACACCUCCAAUUGACAAGGAAGAAAAGAGCAGCACAUCCACUUCUGGUAGCAUUAAGAGAAGGGGCUCUUUGAAGCAACGUCCCACGCAAAAGAAAAAUGACGACGUUGAAGUUGAGGGUCAAUCACUUUUAUUGGUAGAGGAAGAGGAAAUUAGUGACAAUUUCAAGCCGCUAUACGCCGGUCAUGUCGUUGCUGUUUUGGACAGAAUUCCCGGUCAACUAUUUAGCGGAACGCUCGGCUUAGUGAGACCUUCUCAACAAGCAAACAAUGAUGCCAAUAAACCUCAGAAACCGAAAAUUGUCUGGUUUAAGCCUACCGAUAAAAAAGUGCCCUUAAUCGCGAUACCAACAGAACAGGCACCAAAAGAUUUUGUCGAAAAUUCAGAGAGCUAUGCGAACAAAUUAUUUGUUGCAUCAAUCAAGCGUUGGCCAAUAACUUCGCUGCAUCCUUUUGGUACCCUCAUUUCGCAAUUAGGCGUUAUCAACGACCGCGACACCGAGAUUGAUGCCAUUUUGAGAGAUAAUAACUUCUUGUCAGACGAAUACUUAGAUCCGGUCGACAAAACAAAGGAAAGAGACAUCUAUCAACCUUUGCAACUCUCAUCGGAGGACCUCGAAUCUCGUUUGCAUAUUGAUGGUGUAGUUGCUCUUCAGACAGGUGAUCUAUCAGAUAUGGCAGUUCACAUCGAAAAACUGUCUGACGGGAUUAGCCUUGGCUGCCAUAUUUUGGAUGUCACCUCCCAUAUUGAAAGUGGCUCAUCUUUGGAUAGAAGGGCCAGGAAAAGAUCCUCGAGUGUGUUCAUUCCUCAAAAGGUUGUGAACCUUCUUCCUGAAGCUCUCAAUGCCGCUUUAACAAUGGAGGUUGGUAAGCCUUCUGCGACCAUAUCAGUGCUGUACAAGCUCGACCAUAAUUUGAAGAUGCAAGGAGUGACUGUUUGCGAAAGCUUAGUUGUUCCCUCUUUGGUCAAGAGUCUGGACGACAUUGAAGAGGAGAUUGUAUCUAACAAACCUUCUGAGUUUGUAACAAAUCUUCGGUCAAUUGCUACAGCAUUCUAUCGUCAAAGAUUGCACAAUCAGGACCUAGACUUGAGCAGUGGCUUGAGUCUUCUAGAAAGUCUUGACGAUGAGAAAGUUAAAGUUGAAUUGAAUAUCUUUGAGCAAAAACGUGCCGCCUCAAUCGUGACUGAGAUACAGCGCCAGGUAAACGCCACCGUUGCAGAAAAGAUUUAUCAAAAGCUCGGCGAUUUGGCGUUUUUGCGGAGACAAGGCCCACCGAUUUUUACGAAAUUGGCUUCAUUCCGAAAGAAGGUCGAGAAGUUUGGUUACCAAAUUGAUGUUUCUGACGCUCAAACAUUGAUCUCAUCCCUUCUUUCCAUCGAAGACCCUCACAUCCGGACUGCCACUGAGAUAUUGUUAUUUAAAACCCUGGGCCGCGCCAAGUACUUCGUGGCAGGUAAAGUGGAGCCUGAUCAAUACGAGCAAUUUUCACUGAACUUGCCCAUUUAUACACAUUUCACCGCACCUUUGAGAAGGUACGGUGACCAUGUUGUUCAUCGUCAACUCAAGGCUGUCAUUAAAGGCACUUCUUGCAAGGAAGAUGAGGAUUCUUUGAAAAUAACGUCUGAGUACUGCAAUUUCAAGAAAGACUGUGCUUAUCACGCUCAAGAGCAAGCAAUUCAUUCACUUCUUUGCAAGACCAUAAACUCCAUGGGCAACACCACGGGACAACUAUUAACCAUGGCAAUAGUGCUUCAGGUAUAUGAAUCUUCAUUUGAUGUCUUUAUACCAGACUUUGGUAUUGAAAAGAGAGUUCACGGAGACCAACUGCCUCUGCUGAAAGCUGAAUUUGAUGCCGAGAACCGAGUAUUAGAGCUUUUCUGGCAGAAGAACGUCGAUAGCGCCACUUUUGUUCCAUUGGACGAGCAGAACCCAAAGUCCUAUCGUAACUCUAUCAAGAACAAAUUCAAGUCAGCAACGUCUGAAAUUGCAGCAUCUCAAUUGGAAAAGGACUUUGAGCAUCAGAGUUUAUUGACCGACGAAUUAGCAGCAGAACUGGAAAGGCUACAUAUCAAACCCCCGACGCUUUCCUUGCCUAAGUCCGACGAUGCCAAUGCACUUGAACCCUACCUGAAGUCGGUGCAAAUUCAUACCGAGGGCGACAACAACAUUCAAGAGAUCCAUGAACUACAGCGCAUUCCUGUUUUGCUAAGAGCAGAAAUAGGCAUGGCGCUUCCUUGUCUAACCGUGAGGGCGGUGAAUCCAUUUAUGAAAAGGAAUUGA